AGGAUUUGGCUUCUCCACCCGCCGUAAGCGAGUACAGCAAACUUGGUUGAAUUGUCGGAAAAAAAAAAUUUAUUUGAUAAAGCUUUGAUCUUUGCACACUGCCCAUGAGCUCGAAAGUUCCCUCCCCAGAUUCAAUUGGUAUUCCACUCUUUCCCAUUUCGUAACUGAGAAUCAUAGUAGCCAUUACUCUGUCGCAUUCGACAUGCAUUGAAGUCUAAAAUGUCUGUUCAAAAGGACACAGAUAAGUUCUUCAUGUCAAUCACUGAAGGAGAGAAAAAGCCAUUUGACUUUUUACGUGUUCUAUAUGAUGGUUGCAUUGCUGGAGGUGUUGCGGGUGUCAUGGUAGAGACAGCUUUAUACCCCAUUGAUACCAUAAAAACUCGACUACAGGUAGCUCGUGAUGGAGGAAAGAUUGUUCUGAAGGGUCUGUACUCUGGGUUGUCUGGAAAUCUUGUUGGUGUCUUGCCAGCGUCUGCAAUUUUUAUUGGAGUGUAUGAACCCACAAAGCAGCAAUUGCUACAGUCAUUGCCUGAGAAUCUCAGUGCUGUGGCUCAUUUUGCUGCAGGUGCUAUUGGAGGCAUUGCUUCUUCUAUUGUUCGGGUUCCAACAGAGGUUGUUAAGCAAAGGAUGCAAAUUGGGCAAUUUAGAUCAGCUCCAGAUGCUGUUCGUCUCAUUGUCUCAAAUGAGGGUUUUAAAGGUCUUUAUGCGGGAUAUGGUUCUUUCUUAUUGCGAGAUUUACCAUUUGAUGCCAUAGAAUUAUGCAUUUAUGAGCAGCUCCGUAUUGGGUAUAAAUUAGCGGCAAAAAGAGAUCCUAAUGAUCCAGAGAAUGCUAUGCUUGGGGCAGUGGCUGGUGCCAUAACUGGAGCAGUCACAACUCCUCUUGAUGUAGUAAAGACCAGAUUGAUGGUUCAGGGAUCACAAAAUCAUUACAAAGGCAUCAGUGAUUGUGUGAGGACAAUAGUUAAAGAAGAAGGAACUCAUGCUCUUUUUAAGGGUAUUGGGCCUAGAGUUUUGUGGAUAGGAGUUGGCGGUUCAAUAUUUUUUUGUGUUCUUGAGAAGACAAAGCAAAUACUUGCUCGGAAUCGGCAAACCAAAGCUGAGAUUCGGAAGUGAGUUUCUUCUGGUUUUUCUUCAGCUUCAUUCCUAUAUUGGUGCCGGGCCUGAAAGGAUGAGCUCAAGACAAGCCCUUCUGGACCUGGAAAUUGAAACCUAAAUUGAAAUUUGGGCUUUGUCAUAAAGCCUGACUAAAAUCUUCCUGGAGCUUUCUCUAAUAGGCUAACAAAGCAGAGAUUGGAACAGAUGUAGAUCUGUUUAUUUAUUUCAUCUUCUUUUAUUUUGUUUUUUGCAGCGCUGAAAAAUUAUUCUCUUUCGUUUUAUUCAAAAUACGAGACAAUAGAGUGCAGAGAUAUGGAAAGAGAAAAUAAAGUGUAAACAUGAGUUUUCAACCUGUACAACCUCUGCGUAGAGAAUGUAAAAUUGAAAGGCUA